AGACACCCACCAUACGAACUAAUAUAUUUUAAAAAAAGAUAAGUUAAAAACUCUAUUAUAGUAAUACAAUAUCGCAUGUGUGGUCUGGUCUACUUGGGAUUAACUGAGAUUAAACACUUUAACUAAUCUGUUUUUUUCUUUCUUUCACAUUUCUCCAUUUGUAAUAAGUAAUCUAAAACGUUCAAGCACAUACGGUAUUCUUAUUCUCUAUUAAUAGAGGAGAAUGUGUCAUCUUCUCAUUACUCAAUAACCAAACUUAUCAUAUACAUAUAAACAUAAUGGGAAGGUCAAAAUAUUCAUGUCAUCAUCAUCUUCUCGUUCUUAUUAUUCUUCUUCUUGAAGUUCUUUGGAUAUCACCAGGAGGAUAUACUUCAGCCGAAGAUGAACAUGCAAAGGAUUUCUAUAUCAUAUACUUGGGAGAUGGACCGGAUAAUACAGACGAAGCUAUCAAGGCACACAUAAAUCUCCUAUCGUCUUUGAAUAUAAGCCAAGAAGAAGCAAGAGAUAGAAAGGUACAUAGUUACACUAAAGCCUUCAAUGCUUUUGCUGCCAAUCUUUCUCCAAAUGAAUCCAAGAAGAUGAUGGAGAUGGAAGAAGUUGUUGGUGUGUAUCGAAAUGAAUAUCGCCAACUCCACACAACAAAAUCAUGGGAUUUCGUUGGACUUCCUCUAACAGCAAAAAGACAUGUAAAAACAGAGAGAGAUGUUAUUAUUGGUGUUCUUGAUACAGGAAUAACGCCAGAGUCAGAGAGUUUCCAGGACCAUGGUCUCGGCCCUCCCCCGGCUAAAUGGAAAGGAUCAUGUGGACCGUAUACAAAUUUCACCGGAUGCAACAACAAAAUAAUCGGCGCCAAGUACUUCAAGCACGACGGCAAUGUGCCUACCGGCGAAAUCCGAUCACCGAUCGAUAUCGACGGCCAUGGGACACACACGUCAUCAACCGUAGCCGGCGUUCUAGUCUCAAACGCCAGUCUCUAUGGCAUAGCAAACGGUACCGCCCGCGGCGCGGUUCCGUCGGCGAGGCUGGCGAUGUACAAGGUUUGUUGGGCGAGAUCAGGCUGUGCCGACAUGGACAUCCUCGCUGGCUUCGAGGCGGCGAUUCACGACGGCGUUGACAUAAUCUCCAUCUCUAUCGGCGGUCCAAUCGCGGAUUACUCUUCCGAUUCGAUAUCGGUAGGGUCGUUUCACGCGAUGAGGAAAGGGAUCCUAACGGUGGCGUCCGCCGGGAACGACGGACCGAGCUCAGGGACUGUAACGAACCAUGAGCCGUGGAUAUUGACGGUUGCGGCAAGCGGAAUCGAUCGGACGUUCAAGAGCAAGAUAGAUCUCGGCAACGGCAAAUCAUUCUCUGGGAUGGGAAUAAGCAUGUUUAACCCAAAAGCCAAGUCGUAUCCGCUUGUAAGUGGCGUUGAUGCUGCUAAGACCAAAGACGACAAGUACUUAGCCAGGUACUGCUUCUCUGAUUCUUUGGACCGAAAGAAGGUGAAAGGGAAAGUGAUGGUGUGUAGAAUGGGAGGAGGUGGUGUGGAGUCGACUGUUAAAAGCUAUGGAGGUGCUGGUGCCAUCAUUGUUAAUGAUCAGUAUCUUGAUAACGCUCAGAUUUUCAUGGCACCAGCCACAAGUGUUAAUAGCUCCAUUGGUGAUGCCAUCUACGGUUAUAUCAACUCCACAAGAUCACCAUCGGCUGUGAUUCAGAAAACCCGGCAAGUGACAGUCCCUGCUCCCUUUGUUGCUUCUUUUUCAUCAAGAGGUCCCAACCCGGGAUCAACACGCCUUCUCAAGCCCGAUAUCGCUGCACCCGGGAUUGAUAUAUUGGCGGCCUUCAUUCUCAAGAGAUCAUUGACUGGAUUAGAUGGUGACACCCAAUUCUCAAAAUUCACCAUCCUGUCUGGUACCUCAAUGGCAUGCCCCCAUGUUGCUGGUGUAGCUGCUUACGUCAAGUCUUUUCAUCCUGAUUGGACACCUGCUGCCAUCAAAUCCGCCAUCAUCACCUCAGCAAAACCGAUAAGCAGUAGGGUGAACAAGGACGCAGAGUUCGCUUAUGGAGGAGGCCAAAUAAACCCAAGACGAGCGGCUAGCCCUGGCUUAGUCUACGACAUGGACGACAUGUCCUAUAUUCAGUUCUUGUGUGGAGAAGGCUACAACGCAACCACUCUAGCUCCACUAGUGGGGUCACGCUCCGUGAGCUGUUCCUCCAUUGUCCCUGGACUCGGCCACGACUCCCUCAACUACCCAACAAUCCAACUGACGUUGAGAUCUGCCAAAACGUCCACACUGGCUGUGUUCAGGCGGAGAGUGACCAACGUGGGACCAGCGUCUUCGGUGUACAACGUGACCGUGAGGGCACCCAAAGGAGUAGAAAUAACGGUGGAGCCACAGAGUUUGACGUUCUCAAAAGUAUCACAGAAGAGGAGCUUCAAAGUGGUGGUGAAGGGCAAACAAAUGAGUCCUGGAAAGAUUGUGUCAGGCUUGCUCGUGUGGAAGAGUCCACGUCACUCUGUUCGGAGCCCCAUUGUUAUCUACAGUCCUAGUUCGGAUUGAUCAUUGAAUUAGGAAUCUUAUUACAUCCUCUCAUCAAUAAACAUUUACUUAGCGAUGUAAUCAAUCUUCUCCAUUUCCACUGUGUCUAUAUAAACAUUUCGUUCGUUUUAAAUUUUAACCCAACCAAACUUAUAGA